AUAGAACAUAGUAUUUUUAAAUUUUUUAAAUAUUUUUAGGGACAAAAAGGUAACAGGGAGGGUUAAUUCUGUAUGAAACGCUCUCUACAUUGUAUAUAAGUAUCGCCUGACUGUGAAUAAAGAGCACCACCCCUAACGUUUUUAUUUUACCGUACGGAAAAAGUAACAGACAGUUUUCCUUUCUAAAUCUGCAUUGUAAUUAGGUAACUGCUUUCGAUCAUGACUUUCUUAUAUAAUAUAUAAUUAAUAAUAAUAUAAACCAACCACGCAUCUCUUGCCGUUUUCGAGAUCCCAAUGCUGUUCAUUCUUAUCUUAGACACUACGGAUGGCGACGACUUAGUUUUUUUUUUAUGAAAUAUCCUGUACAUUUUGUAGUAAAAUGAAAGACUUUUUUAUUUUAAAAAUACUAUACAAGUUAAUAUUUCGUUAGUUUAAAGUUGCUUUUUGUUAAAGAGUUAUCAAAUUAUUGGUUUCUAUGCAGUAAUAAUGGUGGCGCAUAAGCGGUUCAACCAAAUGUCAACUUGAAAUCACAAAAAAAGGUCUUUCAUUUUAGCAAAAAAUAUAUAUUAUAUUAAACAAAAUACUUAUAUACUGAUAAACAAUUUACCUAUUGGCUGCUCCUUAAACAAAAUAAGGUGUCCGAUGUAAUCUGAAUCACAUUUUAUGAAUAAUGAAAUUGGGUUAUUCAGAUUUCCAAGAUGCAUCAAUAUCUUCUACUACUGAUAAACCCCCGGCAAUUAGUAGUCCAGAAAUUCUACCCAUACCGUCAAUACAAUUUGAUUUAGACCGAUUCGAGAAAUUACAAAAUGUUAGAACCUUAAAUUUUGAAGACGAAGAAGAAUUAAUAUCAGAACCCGAACCUUUUGGUUCUGGGGACUCCGAAUCUGAGUACUUACCUAGUGGUGAAUCCCGCAGUAGUUCUAUAGUACCGGACACUCCUGAAAAUACGCCAUUAAGUGAUACUGAAUGUGCACAACCUUCACAAAGUCUACCCGUUAAUCUGUCUGAAAAUUAUUCUUCAAUGGAAUCUGACGAGGAAACCGAUAAUUUUUCCUCAGGUGUAACUAGUUCCACCAAUAAAAUUAAGACAAAAGAACUUGUUAAAAUAAACUGUCCCAAAAAAACAUCUAGUGGUAAGAGAAUUCGGAAUAAAGACCACAGCUGCUAUUUUUGUCAUAAGUUGCUUCGUAAUUUAGCCAGACAUUUUGAAAGAAUUCAUUCUAAUGAGACGGAAGUUGCCAGAAUAUUGAGUAUGCCGAAAAAUUCCAAGAAACGACGAGAAGCCUUUAAUGCUUUGACGCGUAAUGGCGAUUUUUAUCAUAAUUGUGAUGUACUCUUAUUAAAAAAAGGAGAACUGAUCUUAACUCGCAGACCAACCGAACACGAAAGAAAGUUCCUAAAAUAUUCUGAUUAUGGUCCUUGUCCCGAAUGUUUAGGUUUUAUGAUUAAAAGACACAUAUGGCACCAUCUUAAAUACUCAUGCAUCUGCUUGAAAGACAAAAACAUUUUAAAUUCUGAAAAAUCAAGACUACCAGCUAAUGAGAGUACCUCGUUGCUAAAUGGAAUUUAUGGGCACAACCUGACUGAAGAUUUUCGUUCUAAUGUUUUAAACAAAUUGCGAAAUGAUGAUAUAUCUGAAAAGUGUCGCCAAGACGAUCUUAUUUUACGAUUUGGAGCAUUUAUGUAUGAAAAGUAUAGCAGCACUCAAGCCGAGCUAAUUAGGCAAUCUAUGCGGCAACUUGGGAGGUUAACAGUAGAGCUUGCUAAGAAAAAUACCGAUGUACUCAAAUUAACCGACGCUCUUACCCCUGAUAGAUUUGAUGAUGUUGUCUUAGCGACAAAGUCGCUUUGUAUAACAUCCAAGGAAAUAGCGAAAAGGACUGAGUUUGGAAUUCCUUCUUUAGCGUUGAAAAUUGGGUAUUCAAUUAGAAAGUGCAUUGGAAUUGAAAGAGGUUUAUGUUUGCGAAAUGGCGACUUAAAGAGAAACGAAAUAUUGUUAAGUUUCUUGACAAUUUUGGAUUUGGAGUGGAGCGUGAGAAUUUCUUCCAAUGCAUUAGCCACUUUACAAUCUAGAAAAUUUAAUUCCGUUGACUUACUUCCAGUUACUGGGGAUUUAAUCAAAUUAAGCAAAUUUUUAGAAUUCAUGAUUCAAGAAACAAAGAAGAAUAUGGAAAGAGAAAAGAGUUUUCAAAAUUGGAGUAAACUAGCAUCACUAACUUUAAGCCGUAUAAUUCUUUUCAAUAAAAGACGUUCAGGAGAAGCUGCAAGGAUGAAAAUUGAACAUUACACGAAGAGAGCAUCAUGGAAAAGUCAAGGUGUAGCAGAAAUGAAAGAAUCAUUAACAGAAUUUGAAAUUAAAUUAGCAAAUGCUCUAACAGUAGUAGAAAUAAUAGGAAAGAGAGGAAGGAAAGUACCAGUCUUACUUACUAAAGAAAUGAAAGAAUCUGUCGACUUUCUACUGGCAACUCGCACAGCGGUGGAGGUGCCAGAGGGCAAUCCUUUUGUGUUUGCACGGCUAGGUGAUUUAAAUUCCCAUAUGAGAGGUCACGAUUGUAUUAAAAAAUGGUGUUGUGAAGCAAACUUGGAGUCGCCAGAAACAAUAACAAGCACAAAGUUACGAAAGUACGUAGCUACCGUUUGCCAAGUAUUUAACCUCAAAGAAAGCGAGUGUGAUUGGCUCGCGCGACAUCUGGGCCACGAUAUAAGGGUCCAUCGUGAAUUUUAUCGCCUCCAUGAAAAUACAGUUGAGCUAACCAAAGUUAGUAGGUUACUUCUUGCAGUAGAUCAAGGGAAAGCACAUGCAUUUGCUGGAAAAUCUUUGGAGGAUAUUGAAGUAAAAGAUUUACCACCCAUAGAAGAGGAUCCAUUUGAUAAUGACGACGAAGCUGAUGAUGGGGAAGAUGAAGAAAUUAUGAAGAAAGGGGAAGAAUUAUUUGACCCAUUCAUUGGAAAGGAGAAACAAAAAGGUAAAAGUAAUAAACGUAAAAGGACAAAGAGAGAAGCGGCUUUGGGUAGAAUUCCGUGGAAUGAUUCAGAAAAGGAAGUAUUACUGAACAAAUUUAAAAUGGAGAUAAAAAAUGAAAUCGUACCGGGAAAGGAUAUGUGUACCAAAAUUAAAGAGGAGCAUGACAAUUUACUUAGCAAUAGAUCAUGGACCGAUAUUAAGUUUUUUGUUAAAAAUGUUAUAACUAGAAAUAAGAAAAAUAAAAAGUAGACAGUGAAAAUUGCAAUAUUUUUUACUACCUGGAUGAAGAGUGCCAACCAAUUAAUACGAAAUGAACAUAACCUAACCUAAUCGAACAAAAUAAAAUUUGAAUAGACGUUUUUCAGUGUUUCUGUUAGAUUAGGUUAGGCUAGGGUUUGGUUAUAUUUCAUUACU